AUGGACCCGUACAUUGAGCCUUUGCCAAGGAAACUCUGUCGAUUACACUCCAGUGACGACGAACAAUCUCAACGAUGGUCGCACCGCGAUUCUUACGGACCCGAGGUAGAGUCUUUGCCUUACUCAGGUGUCUUCCUUAAUAGAAUGGGCUGGAUUCCCUUGGGAUCCGAAUCACAGGGUCAUUAUCCAUCCAGUACAGGGAAUUCGGUCGUCUCGGGCUUUUCAAUGAUCGACUGGCCACCAGUCUUCCACCCCAAUUCUGCGCAUUUCCGGACGGAAAAUCAAAUCAACCAGAUUGAUUCAAGCCAGGCGGCACAUUGGUCAACUCCCGUCGAAACUCUUCCUAGCAUGACCGCGGCUCGCAAGCACCUCUCAGAAGACUCUACCGAGCCUGAUUCAACUGAGAUCGACGGAUGGGUGGCAAAAGAAUUGCCCAAAACGACGAACGAGCGGUUCAAGAAUAAGCCAGCAACUCUUCAGGGGGCGCCUAUUAGCGAGAUGAAAUCCAAGCUUACACGUUGCUAUGUACCCACAACGCAUAGCCAUAACGUGAUUAAGACUGAAAGCGCUAGCCAAAUCAAGAAGGGCCCAUAUCGUGUCAAGAACCCAGCCGCUGCAAAACGAUGCCGAGAAAAGACGAAACAAUACGAGGCAGAGCUUGUCGCCAAGGAGAAACAGGUAAUGCAAGAUCAUGUGUAUCUUCAAUCUCUGGUGACAAUGCUUAAGAACGAGGUUCUGUCGUUGAGAAGCCAGAUUUUGGAGCAUGGUGAAUGUCAGUCCGAGGCGAUACAACGGUACAUCAUUGUGGCUGCCAAUAACAUAGGCGGCGGGUCUUGGGAAGCCUUCUGA